AAUUUAUCCAGUUAAUUCUCUUAAGACCUGAACCUGCCGCAUCGCUACGUUGACCUACUAGUAGGCAAUAUACCACGAUGGGAGGCAGGCCGCGUCUCACCGACUUGAACUGCAAGUUUUGCGACCGCCAGUUCACGAAGAGCGAGCAUCUCAAACGGCACCAAAGGCAUCAUACCGGCGAGAAGCCGUUUCGGUGCUCAGUCUGUGGGAGAGCCUACGCAAGAAGCGACGUCCUCGCUCGUCACCUUCGAACCCGCCAUGCCGAGAACGAAGGACUUUCUACAGUCGUGGCUGAACAACCUGCCACGCUGGCGACAACAUCGCCAAAUGCCUUUGAGAACCAGCAGGAUGUGGACUUCAACCCCGAGAUGGGCGUCAACCUGUCCCCUCUGGAGGAUUUGCCCUUAUCCAUGGCAGCUUCGGGGGGAGAUGCCAACACGGAUACCACACAACUUCAGCUUCCCAAUCACCAAGUAGACACGGCUGGACAAGUCGACUUUCAGUAUCCCGCGUUUGAAUUUCCCACCGAGUACGACUUCAACUUCCCUUCCAUCUACGAAGCCUUGAAUGUAUGGCUCACGCCCACCGCAGCCGCAGAACACACCAUGUUGCCCUUCCCUCCAAGUCCUGGCGGAGCAUUCUCGCCGUCGUUCAGUCCUACGUCGCUUGAGCUUUCUCAACGAGUCCAGCAAGCAUGGCCCCGAAGACGGGCCUGUGCGGUCGUGCUGGCGAUCCGCAACAUGUGGCGCGUGGCAGCUCAGCGUACGGCGGACAAUCUCUUCUCAAACAGCUCCCUCACGUCAGGUACCAAAACAAGCUCGAGGUGGAACAUGGACGACGAAUGCAGAGCCCGUCUCAUAUCAGAGUGCGACAACAUUCUCCUCCCCGCCGAAAGGUAUUCUGGCCGAGUCACAGCACCAGGCUCGCCUCGCAUUUCUGUCCCCAUGGAGCAUGACGUCGAAGUCCAGGGGCUGUCCCCUGGAGCGCCAGCCCUCACCUUUCCAUCUACGGAAACGCUCGAUAUGAGCAUCAGUCUGUAUUUCCGACGUUUCCAUCCAGUCCUGCCAUUUGUGCAUCAAGCCACAUUCGACGCCAAAUCGACCCCAAGCUCGCUAUUGCUGCCCAUGUGCCUGAUAGGUCUGUCGAUACUCAAUCCAGGUGGCGCCGACGAAUUCAUUCGCCUAUAUCUCGGCAAGCUGUUGCGAUUCUGUCGCCUGGAUCUCACUUACAAAGGGCUUGGUAAAGGUGGUGCUCAACAGCUGGUCACGUCUUUGGCUUCUUCGCUGCUCGUGCUCUAUCUGGCUCUCAGCUGCGAGCGGCUGGUGGACGUGCACCAAGCACACAUGCUCGCCAUCCAAACGCUCUUCAUUGCGGAUCGCCACGGCAUGUUCUCCGCGCACGUGGGAGAGCCCAUUACCCGCACAAUGUUCCACGAUGUCGACCAAGAGCGUUCCUGGAAGGCUUGGGCCCGAGUCGAAUCUCUAAAAAGGCUCGUUGUCUGCCUUAUUUCCAUCGAUUCGGCUUACACAAGAAUGCUGGAUUUGGCUGCCAAUAUUGCAGUUGAUAGAAUCGAGGUGAUCCUGCCCUGUGAUUCUGCCUUGUUUGAAGGCCCCACAGCAGCCUCAUUCUGGCGGAGGGUCGAAUCCGGAACGUCGAUGAUUGCAUCUCAGGUCGACAUGUCGACCUUGCCACAUGACUCCAUCGCCGAGCUUGACCUGUCGGGGGUCAAACUGCUUCUCGAUGUCCUUGCAUUGCGGGAGGCCGCGGCAAGACAUAGGCUUCUCUUUGGCAGCUCAGCAUCCUUCAAGUUGAUGUCGUUCGUGCCAGCAUUGGCCUAUGCGGCGAUCGACAAGGCCUCUAGCAUUGCGCCAUCCUUGGUGUCCAUUGCAACCACAAGGGCAAACCUGCUCCAACAAGACGCGCCAACUGCCCUAGCCUGGCAUCAUCUUUGUCUGAUGCUCACCGCAGACCUGGAUCGGAUGCAGACUGCGUGCGGUCGAACAGGCCUGGAAGCCUCGGCAAGAGCCAUGACGGAUCUCAAAGCAUGGGCACAAACGACCAGUGCACGUCGAGCCGUUCUCCACGCUGCACAAAUCUUCACCUUGCUGAGUGGCCACCGGGUGCUGGAUCACAAGACCCUUUUGUACGAGCCGUUGCUGUCGAAUGCCGCUCUGGUGACGGCCAUGUAUGUCGCCUUGUGCCCACAGCCGCCCGACUCAAUUUACGGCGGUGAGCCCGUCGAUCUGUUGCAGACGGUCGAUUGGGCCAUCAUCGGCAACCGAGGCUUCUCUCCGUCGCCAUGUUCUGACGUCUCGUCAUUCGCGACGGACCCCACCGCCGCGUGGAGGUUUGUCGUAAGUGGCGGCCCCUUCAUGUUUGGCGGCGAAAUUUACACGUUUGGGACCAAGUCGGCGCGGAGAGUGGUGCUGAAUUACGCGCAACUACUCGACGAGAUAGCCACGCGGACGGGCUCCGAGCACUCACAGCUGCUUCGUACGGUGGGCGACUUCCUGGGUGGUGUCGAGGAUGCCCUACCUGAUCUCGAUGCCGGCAACGGUUGA